ACCAACCUCCACCCACCCCCGGGGCGUCUGGCCUCUGAGCUCCCAGUAUAAAGAGGAGCGUGGGGAGGCGGCCAGGGAACCCAAACACGCUGGUCUCUCCAGCUCUCUCAGCCACGGCAGCGCUGCGCACUCUGCACGUUGGGCGGAGCCCCAUGGAUCUCUAUCCCACCCAAAAUGCAGCCCACAGGGGAGGCCUUGCCCUGCCGGAGGGCCGCUUCCCCAGCGCCUUCUCCACAGGAUCCGCGCUGCACCUCAGCCCUAGCUCGGCCCAGGCACCCGUGGCUGACUUGCAUUGUGUCUCUGCAGACAGGAGUGAAGUGGCCGGAGGUAGCUGCCCUUCCCUGUCCCAGGAUCUCAGCCCGCCCGCCUCGGCCACUGUGGCCGCUGCCUUGCCUGCCCCGUUCCCCGGGGACGCGGCUGAGCUGGUGCCUUCCAUCUCCCAGCGCAGGAAAAGGACCAACUUCACCACGGCUCAGCUGGAGACGCUGGAGCUGGUCUUCAACGACACCAUGUACCCCGAUAUCUACCUGAGGGAGAAGCUGGCCGACAUGACCCAGAUCCCGGAGUCCAGGAUCCAGGUCUGGUUCCAGAACAGACGUGCCAAAUCCCGGCGGCAGCGAGGGAAACCUUGUAGCAGUCCAGCAGCUGCAGAGCCUUUCCCUAGCCACAAGGCUCCAGCCAAAAAUGCAUAUCCAGCGGCGGGCAUUCAGCAGCACCCCUCAGCCACAGAGCCGCACCACUACUACCAGCCCCCCGGGGGCCCUGCAGGGCUUGCCUACGCUACCCAGCCUCAUUUCCCUAGCAACCCUCCCAGCACCAGCGUAAAGGCUCUGGAGGAUCAGCAACCUCAUUACGCGCUGUCGGGAGUAGCCCAGAUCAUUCAAAUAAAAGAGGAAAACGCGGGUCCGUACAAGUGGCCCUCCGCAAUGCCCUUACAGCCUGGGCUCGGGGUGGAUUUUGAGAGCGUCCCUCCGAAUAGGGCUAUCGGAUCUGAAAUGCAUUUUCUAGUGCCCCCUCUGCCCCUUUCAGCCGGGGCGAGUAGACAUGGCGGCAGGGGGAAGCUGUGUGGUCCUCACGCCCAAACGCCGCAGACCAUGUGUGGACAAUAUUCGCCCGUCUCUGAUACAGACGACACCAGCGGCUAUUCCGAGUCCGGUUCAGAGUGGGAGGAGAGCACCCUCAGUGCCUUCAGAGGAAUCUGAAGAAACCAUUCAAGAUCCGCACGGGGGUAGGGGAAGGCAAAAGGAAAUACGUGUAAAAGUUACUUUUAAGCAACUUGGAGUUUUGAAAACGGCGAAUUUCGGGUGUAUCUUUUAGAAUGAUAGAAAUAAGUCUUGUAAGCCAGAGGUCUCUUAUGGAAAGGGCAUUUAUUUGUGAGCUCAGGUGUCUGGCAAACAAAACUGCUAACCAACCACCUACGUGGUGUAAUUUUAUCAGCCAGACAACCUCCACCUAAUCCAAUCUAUUUUCCCCAGGAAAGGGAGACAUGGCAAGAAUUAAGUCCGUGCUAGUGCCUGUGAAAGAAGUAGAAAGCAAUUUCUUAGUUUCCUUAUUUUUAAAUAACUUAACAGAUAAACAACACUUGCUUGGUUUUUUUUUUUACUUGUAGCCUAAUAGGCAAAGGGGAGUGAACUCGCACAACGCCGUAUCUUGUUUGCACAAAGCCACUGAGAACGCCACUGGUGAAACUAACCAAGAGGGAAGCUAGAGGUUACCGUAAUCCUAGAACUUUAAAAACCCAAUUCCCUCGCACCUCUCUUACUAAAAGUUUCCUAGCAGCAGCCCUUGAAUAACAUGUUGCAGAAUGCCUGUCUUUCACUGAACCCUAAGAGGUUCCUAAAACUCCUUGCUGCCAGACGGGAGGGAGGGAGUCACACCCAGGUCACUGGUUUGUGUAAUAUAGAGUUAGUAAAGCAUAAACAGUGUUGGAAAGAGAGUACUAUGUGCAAUGUUAUCUCCUCAUUGUAAUUAAAUGAAGCUUAG